AUGGUUGAAAAGUGCCUUUUUUGCGUUGACUUGAGACCGGCAACUCUGACAUUGGCCGUUCUGGGCAUGGUAUCCAACUUCCUGGCUGCCAUUGCUAGACCGGGUGCCGACGAAGGACUCGGGGUUUCCAUUUUCUUGACUGUUUUCUAUCUGCUUGCUGCAUUAUUAUGCUUUUGUGGCUUUUAUGGCGUUCAGAAGGGUAAAUUCAAACUUGUCAAAGCCUUUGCCAUAUUGUACUGGGCUUACGCCGUCACGCUUCUUCUGUCGAUCGUACUCCAAACUACUUUACUUUCUUUGACUGUCUCUGACGAUUGCUCAAAAGUGGAUGACUGUUCAGAAGAAAUUCGUUUGGUUAUUGCGUUCGUUAUAACUGCUACAUUUUGGUGGCUGCUUCAGUUUCAUUUCUGUUUGGUUGUGUGGAGCUAUUACAAGCGAAUGGCUUCUCAACAAGAAUACCAAGAAAUUCUCGAUUCUGCAUGA